AUGGAUCUCUUAGCUUUAUAGCAUUCCAUUUGAACCGUUGAUAAGGUUUCUGAAUCUCCAUAAUGAAACUUACGAUUGGAAAACACUGUGCAAUGGGUUACAUUUGUUUGAGCCAUUUCUUUCUGUUUCUGGCCAUAAUUGGCACUGAUUUUGUUUCUAGUAUGGCCAAUAAUGAAACAGAUUCCUAUUGGCUUCUCAGAAUCAAAUCAGAACUUGUUGAUCCAUUAGAAGCCAUGAGCAACUGGUCUCCAACAACUCACAUGUGCAACUGGAAUGGUCUAACAUGUUCACUUGAUCAAGAACAUGCUAUAGGUCUGAACCUUUCUGGUUCAGGAAUAUCAGGUUCCAUCUCAGUUGAGUUUAACCACCUCUCAUAUCUUCAAACACUUGACUUGUCUUCAAAUUCACUUACUGGCUCCAUCCCUUCAAAGCUUUUUAAGCUUCAAAAUCUAACAACACUUCUCCUAUACUCAAAUUCUCUCUCUGGGAACAUUCCUUUAGAGAUAGGUAAUUUGAAGAACUUGCAAGUUCUUAGAAUAGGUGGCAACAUGUUGGAAGGUGAAAUUGCAUCUAGUAUUGUUAACUUAACAAAGUUGACAGUGUUGGGAUUAGGCUACUGCAACUUCAAUGGUAGCAUACCAUUCAGGAUCGGUGAAUUGAAGAAUCUGGUUUCUCUUGAUUUGCAAAGUAACAGCUUUAGUGGCACCAUACCUGAAGAUAUUCAAGGCUGCGAAAUGCUCGAAAACUUUGCAGCAUCAAACAACAUGCUUGAUGGGAACAUUCCCUCCUCUAUAGGCUCUCUUAAAUCAUUGAAAAUUUUGAAUCUUGCCAACAAUACUCUCUCUGGGUCAAUUCCUAAAACCCUGAGUCAUCUUUCCAACUUGACAUACCUGAAUUUGCUUGGAAACAAACUCAAUGGAGAAAUCCCGUCUGAGCUCAACAGUCUAACCCAGUUGCAGACAUUAGACUUGUCCGAAAACAACCUUUCGGGACCAAUACCACUCCUCAAUACCAAAUUACAGAAUCUCGUGUCCCUGGUUCUGUCUGAUAAUGCUUUCACUGGUAGCAUUCCAAGCAACUUCUGCCUCAAAGAUUCUUCAAAGCUUGAGCAGCUUUUCUUGUCUCAAAACAUGCUGUAUGGAAAAUUCCCCUUGGAGCUACUCGACUGUUCCUCAAUCCAACAGUUGGAUCUUUCUGACAAUAGCUUUGAAGGAGAGCUUCCAUCCAACCUUGACAUGCUGCAGAACCUCACUGAUCUUGUGCUCAACAACAACAGCUUUGUUGGAUCUUUACCUGCGGAAAUCGGAAAUAUUACUAGCUUGGAAGGCCUUUUCCUGUUUGGUAACUCUUUCACAGGUACAAUCCCAGUGGAGAUCGGAAGGCUUCAUAGAUUGAUCACCAUUUACCUCUAUGAUAACCAGAUGUCUGGAACCAUAGCGAGAGAGUUAACAAACUGCACAAGCUUAAGGGAAAUCGACUUCUUUGGAAACCACUUUACCGGGCCGAUUCCAGAAACUAUAGGCAAGCUUAAGGACUUGGUUGUUCUUCAUCUGAGGCAGAAUGACUUGUCUGGUCCAAUCCCUCCAAGCAUGGGGUACUGUAAGAGUCUUCAGAUAUUAGCAUUAGCAGAUAACAGCUUGUCUGGUUCGAUACCACCCACAUUCGGUUAUCUUUCAGAACUCUUCAAAAUUACCCUUUACAACAACUCCUUUGAAGGACCUCUCCCUCGUUCACUUCUUGCUCUCAAGAACCUCAAAAUCAUAAAUUUUUCCCACAACAGGUUCAGUGGAAGUUUCUCUCCUCUCACUGGCUCAAAUUCUCUAACUAUUCUGGACUUGACUAACAACAGCUUCUCAGGUCCCAUCCCUUCUACAUUAGGCAAUUCCCUGAACCUCAGCCGUCUCCGGCUCGCAUACAAUAAUCUCACCGGAGCCAUUCCUUCAGAGUUUUCCUACCUUACUGAGCUUAACUUCCUCGAUUUGUCAUUCAACAACUUAACAGGAGAUGUGUCACCUCAACUCUCGAACUCUCACAAAAUCGAACACAUGCUCCUGAGUAAUAACAGGUUCACUGGCCAACUGCCUCCAUGGUUGGCAAUCUUACAAACACUUGGUGAGCUAGAUCUCUCAUACAACAACUUCAAUGGCAGGGUGCUUUCUGAGCUUGGUAAAUGCUCAAAUUUGCUUAAACUCUCUCUGCAUCACAACAAUCUCUCAGGGGAAAUCCCACAAGAGAUUGGAAAUCUCACUUGCCUCAAUGUUCUAAACUUACAAAGCAAUAGUCUCUCCGGCAGCAUCCCCUCAAUGAUUCGGCAAUGCAGCAAGCUUUAUGAGCUCAGGCUCUCAGAGAAUUUCUUGACAGGUUCCAUACCUGAAGAGCUAGGGGAUCUUGCUGAAUUGCAAGUGAUCUUAGACUUGAGUAAAAAUCGCUUCACCGGUGAGAUUCCAUCUUCACUUGGAAACCUUAUGAAGCUAGAAAGACUAAAUCUUUCUUUCAAUCAGCUACAAGGCAAGGUUCCUUCAUCACUGGGAAAACUCACAAGCCUCCAUGUAGUGAAUCUUUCUAGCAACAAUCUUGAAGGCCAGAUUCCCUCAACAUUUUCGGGGUUCCCAAGAAGCUCAUUCCUCAAAAAUGAAGGCUUGUGUGGCCCACCAUUGGUACCCUGCUCCACAUCACGGGGGAAAAUGCAAAUGCAGCUAUCAAAUAUGCAAGUGGCGGCAAUCAUAGUAGCAAUUGUUUUCACUUCCACAGUGAUAUGUUUGGUUAUGAUUUACAUCAUGUUGAGGAUAUGGUGCAAUUGGAGGAAAGUUUCCAUUUCAAGUUCAGAUGGUGGCACUGCUGCAAAAUGUGCUAAUAACAAUAAUAAUAAAACAGGGAAUGGUGAGUAUUGGAACAUGCACAUGAACUCUUCCUCCUUUGGGUUGAUUCCUUCACCAGAUAAGAAGAAUAAUUCAAUGGCAACAACAACAGCAGCAAUAUGCUUCUUUGAUAUCAAACAGGAAGGUGUGGAUAAUACGAACAAAUAAACUAUAAGUUUUUUUCCUCUUUUCCCACAAAGUUUGUGUUUUUAAACAUUUUAGUUAGCGGGAACACUGGAACAGUACUGGUACAUCAUCAAACGCUGACUUCAAGUUCAAACACACUAGUGAAAAAUUGUUUGAUACGCCAUUGUUUAUAUGUAUUCAUUGUUGAUUCGAAAUUU